UCCAGGGUUCUAGCAAGGGGCUUCCUGCUUCUUGCAAAGCCUUUCCCCUGUUCCUGGCCAAGGGAGGAAGCAGCUCUGAACUUAACCCGGCCAGGAGGGUCCCCCCAAAAUAAAGCCUCUCCUACGGGUGCGCAAUGCGCGGGGCUCCCUCCGCCUGGACUCCUGCUUCGGAGAGGGAGCGAGGCGGGAGGUUGGUGCGCUCGGCUGAGCAGGAUUCCCGGAGAGACCAGGAAUAAGGGCGGGAGGAGGGCAGAGCAAAAGCCCCUCCUGCAAAGGGAGCCCGGCUUUCGUCUCUCUCUGCAAGUGCUGCCUUGGAGGCGCCUCCCGGGAUUUGGAUUUGCAUACGCCUCUGGUUAGGACAGACGAACAAGGGAUUCCUUCUGACCUCUUGGAAGCUUCCUGAGAACACAGAUGGAUGAGCAAGACUCAGCCGGCCCUGAAGCAGGAAGGGGCCAUGUCAUCAACACUGGGAGCAGUGAGGGAUUCUGGGAAAGCUCUGUGCAGAAGAUCCUGGGUGAGGAGGACACCCUCCACUCAGAUGUGCAGAGCCAGCAGUUCAGGCAGUUGUGCCACCAGGAGACUGAUGGACCCCGAGAUGUUUGUGGUCGUUUCUACCACUUUGACCAUCAGUGGCUGAAGCCAGAAAGGCUUACGAAAGCUCAGAUGCUGGACCUGAUGAUCUUGGAGCAGUUCCUGGCCAUCCUUCCACCAGAGAUGGAGAGCUGGGUGAGGGAAUGUGGAGCGGAGACCAGUUCCCAGGCAGUGGCCCUGGCCGAAGGAUUCCUCCUGAGUCAGGCAGAGGAGAGGAAGCAGGCAGAGCAGCAGGGAAAGGAUCUUUUUGCAGAAAGGAGCCUGGAUUCCCCUGAGACAGAGAAGACUCCGUUGGACACCAGAGAGAGGCCACUGGGUGGCACAAUGACACUGGCAAGAUCUCCUCAUGGUGGUGAAGGAGAAGCAGGGGCUGUGGAAUCAGACCAGGGUUCAGUUUGCUUUGAAGAUGUAGCUGUUCGUUUCACAGAUGAGGAGUGGGCGUUGCUGGAUCCUGACCAGAGAGCUCUGCAUAAGGAAGUCAUGGAGGAGAAUUGUGGGAUCGUGGACUCUCUAAGUGGUGAUGAAUUGGAAAAUAAGAAUAAGGGAGAGCACGACAAAAUCCACAUAGAGGAGAAGUCAUUUAAAUAUCCGGGACAUGGGAAUUUCAGCCAGAGCUCACACUCCACUUCCAAUCUAAGAAAUCUCUUGGGGAAGAAACUCUAUCAGUAUUCAGAAUGUGGAAAGAACUUCUGUCGGGAAUCCAACCUCACUUCUCAUCAAAUAACUCACAAAAGGGAGAAACCAUUUCGGUGCCAAGAAUGUGGAAAGAGCUUCAGUCAGACGAAAAGUCUCACUUCCCAUCAAAGAAUUCAUACAGGAGAGAAACCAUAUCACUGCUUAGAAUGUGGAAAGAGUUUCAUUUGGAAGAAAAGACUCACUUCCCAUCAAAGAAUUCAUACCGGGGAGAAACCAUAUCAGUGCCUGGCAUGUGGAAAGAGCUUCAGAAACAGGGCCCAUUUCACAGUCCAUCAAAGAAUUCAUACAGGGGAGAAACCAUUCCAGUGUUUGGAAUGUGGAAAGAGCUUCAGUCGAAAAGAUAGUCUCACUUCCCAUCAAAAAAUUCAUACCAGGGAGAAACCAUCUCAGUGCUUGGAAUGUGGAAAAAGCUUCAGUCGGAAGGAUGGUCUCAGGUCCCAUCAAAGAAUUCAUACAGGAGAGAAACCAUUUCAAUGCUUGAAAUGUGGAAAGAGCUUCAGUCAAAGGUCUGCUCUCACUUCCCAUCAAAUAACUCACAGUGGGGAGAAACCUUAUCAGUGCACGGAAUGUGGAAGAAGCUUCAGUCGGAAGGAUGGUCUCAUUUCCCAUCAAAGAAUUCAUACAGGAGAGAAACCAUAUCAAUGCUGGGAGUGUGGAAAGAGGUUCAAUUGGAAAAAAAUGCUAACUUCCCACCAAAGAAUUCAUACAGGAGAAAAUCCAUAUCCAUGCUUAGAAUGUGGAAAAAGCUUCAGCCGGAAGGAUAGUCUCACUUCACAUCAAAGGAUUCAUACAGGGGAGAAACCGUAUCAGUGCGUGGAAUGUGGAAAGAGCUUCAUUCAGAGUUCCAAUCUCACUUCCCAUCAAAUUACUCACACUGGCGAGAAACCAUUUAAAUGCUUAGAAUGUGGGAAAAGCUUCAAUUCCAAGAGACGUCUCGCUUCCCAUCAAAGAAUCCAUAUGGGGGAGAAACCAUAUCCGUGCUUGGAAUGUGGAAAGGGCUUCAGCCGUCAUGCCAAUCUAAUGUUCCAUCAAAGAACUCACAGUGGAGAGAAUCAAAGGAUUGUAGAGUUGAAGGGACUCUGCGGAUCAUCUAGUCCCUCCCCCUUGAAUGCUGGAAUCUCCACUAUGACAGAUAGUUAUUCAACCUCUGCUUCAAAAACUCAAAGGAAGGAGAACCCACCACCUUCUGAAUACAUAGCUGAAUACAUCUUACCUGCAGAAAGGCCUUUCGAUUUGGUAGCACCUCUCAUGAGGACAGACAGAACUUGGCAGAAGACCAAGGAUUCCUUCCGAUCUCUUGGAGACUUCCUGAGAGCCCAGAUGGAUGAGCAAGACUCAGCUGGCCCUGAAGCAGGAAGAGACCAUGCCAUCAAAACCGAGAGCAGUGGGGCAUUUUGGGAAAACUCUGUACAGAAGAUCCUGGGGGAGGAGGACACCGUUUGCUCAGAUAUGAAGAGCAAGCAGUUCAGGCAGUUGUGCUACCAGGAGACCAAAGGACCUCGAGAGGAAAAGGAUCUGUUUGCAGAAAUGGACAUUGAUUCCUUUGAGACAGAGAGGAUUCCAUUCGACACCAAAGAGAGGCCAAUGGGUGACAGAGGGAUGCCAGCAAGACCUCCUCAUCCUUCUUUCCAAGGUAGCGGAGAGGAAGCAGUGGCUGUAGAACCAGAUGAGAAGGAAGUCAUGGAGGAGAAUCGUGGGAUCAUGGACUCGCUUGGUGCUGAAGAAUUGCAAAUGAAGAAUGAGGGAGACCCUGACAGAAUCCACACACAGGAGAAGCCGCUUAAAUAUUCAGGGUCUGGAAAGAGAUUGAGUCAGAACUCCCACUCCACUUCCAAUCUAACAAAUCUCUUGGGGAAGAAACUCUAUCAGUGUUUGGAAUGUGGAAAGAACUUCUGUCGGAAAUCCAACCUCACUUCUCAUCAAAUAACUCACAGCACAGAGAAACCAUAUCAGUGCAAAGAAUGUGGAAAGAGUUUCAGUUGGAAGAGAAGUUUCACUUCCCACCAAAAAAUUCAUACAGGAGAAAAACCCUAUCAGUGUUUGGAAUGUGGAAAGAGCUUCAGUCGUAAGGAUGCUUUCACUUUCCAUCAAAGAAUUCAUACAGGGGAGAAACCAUAUCAGUGCAUGGUAUGUGGAAAGAGCUUCAGUCGGAAGCAAAGUCUAACUUUCCAUCAAAGAAUUCAUACAGGGGAGAAACCCUAUACUUGCUUGGAAUGUGGAAAGAGCUUCCGUCAGAAGGAUAGUCUCACUUCCCAUCAAAGGAUUCAUACAGGGGAGAAACCAUAUCAGUGCUUAAAAUGUGGGAAGGGGUUCUAUGGGAAGAAUAUGCUCACUUCUCAUGAAAAAAUUCAUACAGCGGAUAAACCCUAUCAGUGCUUGGAAUGUGGAAAGAGUUUCCGUCAGAAGAGCGAGCUCACUUCCCAUCAAAGAACUCAUACAGGGGAGAAACCAUAUGAGUGCAUGGAAUGUGGAAAGAGCUUCACUCACAGAGCUGGCCUUGUGUACCAUCAAAGAUUCCAUACAGGGGAGAAACCAUAUGAGUGCUUGGAGUGUGGAAAAAAGUUCAGUUGGAAGACAAUGCUCACUUCCCACCAAAUAAUUCACACAGGGGAAAAUCCCUAUCCAUGCUUGGAAUGUGGGAAGAGCUUCAGUCGCAAGGAUAGUCUCACUCUCCAUCAAAGGAUUCAUACAGGGGAUAAACCAUAUCACUGCUUAGAAUGUGGAAAGAGCUUCACCCAGAGGGCUGCUCUCAUGUCCCAUAAAAGAAUACAUACAGGGGAGAAACCAUAUAAGUGCUUGGAAUGUGGAAAGAACUUCGCUCACAAAGCUGGUCUCAUGUCCCAUCAAAGAAUUCAUACAGGGGAGAAACCAUAUGAGUGCUUGGAAUGUGGAAAGAGGUUCAGCUGGAAGAAUAUGCUCACUUCCCACAAGAUAAUUCACACAGGGGAGAACACCUAUCCGUGCUUAGAAUGCGGAAAGAGCUUCAGUCGGAAAGAUAGUCUUACUUCCCAUCAAAGAAUUCAUACAGGAGAGAAACCUUAUCAGUGCUUGCAAUGUGGGAAGGGGUUCUAUGGGAAGAAUAUUCUCACUUCUCAUCAAAAAGUUCAUACAGGGGAAAAACCCUAUCGUUGCCUGGAAUGUGGAAAGAGUUUCCGUCAGAAGAGUGAGCUCACUUCCCAUUACAGAAUUCAUACAGGGGAGAAGCCAUAUCAGUGCUUGGAGUGUGGAAAGAGGUUCACUCACAGAGCUGGUCUCAUGUACCAUGAAAGAAUACAUACAGGAGAGAAACCAUAUGAGUGCUUGGAGUGUGGAAAGAGGUUCAGCUGGAAGAAUAUGCUCACUUCCCACCAAAUAAUACACACUGGGGAGAGUCCCUAUCCUUGUUUGGAAUGUGGAAAGAACUUCAGUCGGAAAGAUAGUCUGACUUCCCAUCAAAGAAUUCAUACAGGGGAGAAACCAUAUCAGUGCCUGGAAUGUGGAAAGAGCUUCACUCAGAGAGCCAGUCUUAUGUACCAUCAAAGAAUUCAUAUGAGAAGGAACCAUAUCGGUCCUUGGAAUGUGGAAGAGCUUCAAUCAGAGGGCCAGUCUCACUUCUCAUCAAUUAACUUACCGUGGGGAGAAACCAUAUCUCUUGGAGACUUCCUGAGAGCCCAGAUGGAUGAGCAAGACUCAGCUGGCCCUGAAGCAGGAAGAGACCAUGCCAUCAAAACCGAGAGCAGUGAAGGAUUCAGGGAAAGCUCCAUGCAGAAGAUCCUGGGUGAGGAGGACACCCUCCACUCUGAUAUGAAGAGCCAGCAGUUCAGGCAGUUCUGCUACCAGGAGGCCAAAGGACCCCGAGAGGUUUGCAGCCGACUCCAUCACCUUUGCCAUCAGUGGCUGAAGCCAGAAAGGCACACAAAAGCUGAGAUGCUGGACCUGGUGAUCUUGGAGCAGUUCCUGGCUGUCCUUCCACCAGAGAUGGAGAGCUGGGUGAGGGAAUGUGGAGCAGAGACCAGUUCUCAGGCGGUGGCCUUGGCCGAAGGAUUCCUCCUGAGUCAGGCAGAGGAGAGGAAGCAGGCAGAGAGAAAGCAGGGAAAGGAUCUGUUUGCAGAAGUGGGCUUAGAUUCCUUUGAGACAGAGAGGACUCCGUUGGACACCAGAGAGAGGCCCCUGGGUGACAGAAGGAUGCCAGCAAGACCUCCUCAUCCAUCUUUCCAUGGUAGCAGAGACGAAGCACUGGCUGUAGAACCAGAUGAGGGUCCGGUGUGCUUUGAAGAUGUAGCUGUUCAUUUCACAGACGAGGAGUGGGCAUUGCUGGAUCCUGGCCAGAGAGCUCUGCAUAAAGAACUAAUGGAGGAGAAUCAUAGGAUCAUGGACUCUCUUGGUGCUGAAGAAUUGCAAAUGAAUGAGGAAGACCUUGACAAAAUCCACACACAGGAGAAGCCGCUUAAAUAUUCGGGGCCUGGAAAGAGAUUCAGUCAGAGCUCCCACUCAACUUCCAAUCUAACAAAUCUACUGGGGAAAAAACUCUAUCAGUGUUUGGAAUGUGGAAAGAACUUCUGUCGGAAAUCCCGCCUCACUUACCAUCAAGUAACUCACAGCGGGGAGAAACCGUAUCAGUGCUUACAAUGUGGAAAGCGUUUUAGUUGGAAGAGAAGUUUCGCUUCCCAUCAAAAAAUUCAUACAGGGGAGAAGCCCUAUCAGUGCUUGGAAUGUGGGAAGAGCUUCAAACGGAAGGAUGCUUUAACUUUCCAUCAAAGAAUUCAUACAGGGGAGAAACCCUAUCAGUGCAUGGAAUGUGGAAAGAGCUUCAGCCGGAAACAUAGUCUGACUUUCCAUCAAAGAAGUCAUACAGGGGAGAAACCCUAUACCUGCUUGGAAUGUGGAAAGAGCUUCAGUCAGAGGGCCAGUCUCACAGUCCAUCAGAGAAUUCAUACAGGGGAGAAACCAUAUAGGUGCUUGGAAUGUGGAAAGGGUUUCUAUGGGAAGAAUAUGCUCACUUCUCAUCAAAAAGUUCAUACAGGGGAGAAACCCUAUCAGUGCUUGGAAUGUGGAAAGAGUUUCCGUCACAAGGGCGAGCUCACUGUCCAUCAAAGAAUUCAUACAGGUGAGAAACCGUAUCAGUGCAUGGAAUGUGAAAAGAGCUUCACUCAGAAAUCCAGUCUCACGUCCCAUCAAAGAUUCCAUACAGGGGAGAAACCAUAUGAGUGCUUGGAGUGUGGAAAGAGGUUCAGUUGGAAGACAAUGCUCACUUCGCACCAAAUGAUUCACACAGGGGAGAAUCCGUAUACAUGCUUGGAAUGUGGAAAGAGUUUCAAUCGGAAGGAUAGUCUUACCCUCCAUCAAAGAACUCAUACAGGGGAAAAACCAUAUCAGUGCUUGGAAUGUGGAAAAAGCUUCACUCAGAGAGCAGGUCUCAUGUACCAUAAAAGAAUUCAUACAGGGGAGAAACCGUAUCAAUGUGUGGAAUGCGGAAAGAGCUUCACUCACAGAGCUGGACUCGUGUCCCAUGAAAGAUUCCAUACAGGGGAGAAACCAUAUGAGUGCUUGGAGUGUGGAAAGAGGUUCAGCUGGAAGACAAUGCUCACUUCCCACCAAAUGAUUCACACAGGGGAGAAUCCCUAUCCAUGCUUGGAAUGUGGGAAGAGCUUCAAUCGGAAGGAUAGUCUCACUUCCCAUCAAAGAAUUCAUACAGGGGAGAAACCAUAUCAGUGCUUGGAAUGUGGAAAAAGCUUCACUCAGAGAGCAGGUCUUAUGUACCAUCGAAGAAUUCAUAUGAGAAGGAACCAUAUCAGUGCAUGGAAUGUGGAAAGUGUUGCAUUCAAAGAACCAGUCUCACUUCUCAUUGAGUAACUCACAGUGGGAAGUAACUACCUCAGUGCAUGGAAUGGGGAAAGAGCCUCAGUCGGAAGAAUAGUCUUACUUCCCAUCAAAGAAUGCAUAAAGAGUAGAAACCUUAUAGUUGCAUGGAAUGUGGAAGGAACUUCAAUCAGAGGGCAAGUCUCACUUCCCAACAAAGAACUCACAGUGGGCAAAAACCGUAUCACUGUGUGGAAUGUGCUUCACCUGGAAGGAAAGUCUCAGUUCCCAUGAAAUAAUUCAUACAGGGAAGAAACCACAUCAGUGCAUGGAAUGUAGAAAGGGCUUCACCCAGGAUUAAAGUCUCACCAUCAAAGAAUUCAUAUGUUGGAAACCAUAGAAAUGCUUGUAAUGUGAAAGGAGUUUCAGCCGUAGCUCCAAUUUCACUUUCCAUCAAGAAACUCACAAUGAGCAGAAUCAUAGUCUCUGAAUUAUAGUGUUGUAGCAUUUGAGAGGACUCUGUGUGUU